AUGGGAAACAUACAAGUAAUUGACGGGGCAAAGUCAAGUCAAGUCUCGAAGCAAUUCGGUGCUGUGGCAUUCAAAUUUAAGGGUGGGUUCUACAAGCUUAUAAACAUAGGUUUUGCUGGAGGAGUAAAAGUUGCGUUAAGAUUUGGUUUUACACCGUAUAAUACCGUUGAUUUAAAUAUGUUUGUUAGAAGCAGGCCUGCAAUAUCUGCCAUAUUGGUUUUUCUUGGAAUAUUAUCAUCCAUUACAGAUGCCAUAGGAGUUUGUUAUGUUGGUGAUAGUCUAGAAUCAAGGCAAGAAGUUGUGGAAUUAUACAAAAGAAAUGAUAUAAGCAGAAUGCGUAUAUACUUCCCAGACGAAGAAGCACUUGAAGCCCUUAGAGGUUCAAACAUUGAGUUGAUCAUGGACGUGGCUAAAGAAACCAUUCAUUCUCUGACUGACCCUAAAGUUGCCAUAGAUUGGGUCAACAAAUACGUCACGCCCUAUUCACAAGAUGUCAAAUUCAAGUACAUCUCUGUUGGAAACGAAAUCCACCCUGGUGACAAUGAGACCCAAUACAUUCUAUCUGCCAUGACCAACAUCCACAACGCAAUUUCGUUAGCCAAUUUGCAAGCCCGAAUCAAGGUAUCAACAGCAAUAGACACUAGUUUGAUUGGUGCGAGCUACCCACCCAGUGCUGGGGAUUUUACAAUGCUUGCAAAACCAUAUAUGAAGCCUAUCAUUGAGUUCUUAGUGAGCACUGAGGCCCCAAUUCUUGCCAACGUGUAUCCCUAUUUCAGUUAUGCUAGUGAUCCAAGUAACAUUGGUCUUGACUAUGCCCUUUUUACCCAGCAAGCAAACAAUAGUGUUGGGUACCAAAACCUCUUUGAUGCUAUGAUGGAUGCAAUAUAUGGUGCACUUGAGAAAGUGGGAGCAAGCAGUUUGCAAAUAGUUGUUUCAGAGACUGGGUGGCCAUCUAAAGGAGAAUUUACCUCUGCCAAAGAUGCAUCCACUUAUUACACCAAGUUGAUUAAUCAUGUCUCCAGUGGGAUUGGAACUCCGAAGAGACCUGGUAGGUAUAUAGAGACUUACUUGUUUUCCAUGUUCAAUGGAAACCAAAAACAAGACAGGGACAAUAAGCAAUUUUUUGGUCUUUUCAGUCCUGAUAAAUCACCCAAUUACCAACUCAGUUUCAAUUAA